AUGGGGUCUGAGGAAAUCUAUGAACAGGAGGUCAAGAUGCAGGCGGCAGCCUUCAAAGAGAAGAAACAGAAGGCCCCAGCCGAUAAGGAAGGUGCAAACCCUGAGUAUGAGAAUAUCACCUUGGCCUUCAGAAACCAGGACCAACCAAGAGGCAGCCAUUCACCACCCAAGAAUCGGGCCAAGCAGCCGCCUGCCAGCCCACACCGCACAGCCUCGGGAGGGGCCCAAGUCCCUGCCUGGUCUCGGCCGUCCCCGGACUCUGCCCAGGUCCCCCGUUGGCUGCACAGAGCCAUUCUGAGCCUGUACGUUCUCUUUGCCCUGUCCUGCAUCAUUCUCAUCGCCUUGGUCCUGGUGAAGAAUUCCGAGGUGUCCCGCGAGCUGCUGGUCUUGAAAGGGGAGCUCCAGAAUGUCUCCAUCUCGGAGCAGGAGUGUCAGGAGCAACAGAAACGGGCGUGGGGCAGCGUCCAGCGGCUCAUCAAGGAGGUCAAGCAGGAGAUUGAGACGGUCAAGAGAAAUGUCAACACUGGGAAUGAGAUAGUGAUGACCUCCUUACCAGACAUAAGCCAGAUUAAGAGUAAAUUACAGGAAAUCUCCAAGGUACUGGAGAAGUUGUCACUCCCAAAGCCCACACCUCAAUAAAGGAGAAGACAUUGGCACCCUGGCUGCAGCUUGGAGGACGGGGCUGCUCCUCCCAGUAAAGAUGGCCGCAUGUGUGUAUCACGGUGUGACACGAGCGACAACGCAUGGCACAGUGGGCGGCUGUGUCAGCAAGUACCGCAGACGUGUGUCAGUGGGAGCUCGGCUGUUGGUGACACGUGCUGCCCUGUGAGCAUGUGUGAGUGUCCUGUGGUGCGUCGUGUCUGAAUGUGUCAUGGAGCUGUGUGUCUGUGUGUGUGUGUGUGGCACCCCUUACCUCACUGUGAUUGUGGGGGCUGCAGCGUGUGCCCUGUCACUACCUGUGUUGGUGUGUGAACAGGUGUGUGUCAGUGUGUGAUGAUCGUGUCACCAAGGGUGUUCGGAGCAGGUACACAUGUGUGUCUACUGGUUUCCACACUCAACGUUUUGUCAUUUGUGAAGAUAAAGGCCAAUGGAAAAGAAUGUGGCUUUCAGAUCUGUUACUGGGAGCAUCUUGGGGGGCGUCGGGGACCUGGUGGGGGAGGGUCUGCAAACGUUGAGGGAUGAAGAAAGUCACAUAGUGAGCACGUGGCCAUGAUAACCUUGGGGAAAUGAGAGUGUAUAAGCAUGAAUGUCCUGAAUGGGUCCUUUUGUGUUCAUGAACUUGAACCCAGGCAGUAAUAGUCUCUGUGCCCCCAAUAGGGCUUGUGGCUCGAAAUAUACAAUGUUUCCCUAUGUGGGGAGCCUGGGGGGCUCAGUCGGCUAAGUG